UCACUGCACAGGGCCAAGAAGAGGUUUGAUUAACCUAGAGAUCAGACACCAGUUCUGAGUGAGGAGUUACAUGCACAGUGAAAUGCUGCUGCUGCUGCCACUCCUAGUCCUGGCAGCUCUCCUCCCAGGUGGUGACAAUAAGGACGCCCUCCAGGGACCGACAUCUUACCAUGUCAUCCAGAUCUCAUCCUUUAUAAACAGCUCCUGGACAGAAACUGAAGGCUCAGGCUGGAUGGAAGACUUGCAGAUUCAUAGAUGGGACAGUGAUAACAGCAGUGCCAUAUUCCUGACAUCCUGGGCUAAGGGUAACUUCAGUGAGGAGGAGAUUAUUGAGCUCGUAGGGCUCUUCAAAAUCUACUUCUCUGGACUCACACGGGAACUGCGUGACCACCUCCUUGAAUUCCAGAUGCACUAUCCCUUUGAGAUGCAGGGCAUGGCUGGCUGUGAGCUGCAUUCUGGGGGUGCCAUUGAAAGUUUCUUGAGUGGAGCAUUUGCAGGAAAGAGUUUCCUGACCUUCAAGAAUUAUUCAUGUUUGCCUGAUCCAAAAGCUGGUAUCAGCGCAGAGAAAGUAUGUGCACAAGUUUCCCAAUACAAGGGAAUCUGUGAAAUUGUUGAGAUACUGCUCUAUAAAACAUGUCCACGCUAUCUCCUUGGUGUCCUUGAAGCAGGGAAGGCUGACUUGCGCAGGCAAGUGAAACCCAAGGCCUGGUUGUCCAGUGGCCCCAGUCCUGGGCCUGGCCGUCUUCUGCUGAUCUGCCACGUGUCUGGGUUCUACCCAAAGCCUGUGCAGGUGAUGUGGAUGCGGGGUGAGGAGGAGAAGGUGGAUCAGCAACAUGAAAUCCUUCCUUUUGCUGAUGGGACGUGGUAUCUGCGAGUGACCCUGGAUGUUCCUGCUGAGGAAGCAACAGGCCUGUCUUGUCGGGUGAAGCACAGCAGCCUAGGAAAGCGAGACAUCAUCCUCUUCUGGGGACGUUCUGUCUCCAUUGGCUUGGUAUUUUUGGCAAUUAUGCUCUGUUUAGCCAUUUUGCUGUUCCUGGCCCUAUGGUAUUGGAGGCGCCGGUCCUAUCAGGAUAUCAUAGGAACUGUUUUUUUACAUCAUCUUCCUCAUUUGCAAUAAAUUGUGAGAAGCCCAGAAAUAAGUAUUUUUUUCAAUAUUUUAGGUGAAAUCAUAUUUUUGAGAUUGUAAAUAUCAUAUUCUCUGCACCAGUAUAAAAGUAAUUAAACUUUUGAAUUAUUAGCUGCUAUCAAUAAUAGCAUUCAUUAUAUCAACAUUUAAUACUUGUUCUGAGCUUUUUGAGAUAACUUCAUAUUUUAUAUCUUGUACUCUGUAGAUGUAUCACAUACUGGGUUGAAAAUG